CGCACGCACUAGCUGAGCUGAGUGCAGUGCCACUGAGCUACUCCGCAGAAGAGAGACAGACAGAGAGAGAGAGAGAGAGAGAGAGAGAGAGAGGCACAUGCUAUCUGAGGGACCUUCAUUAAUGCGCACUCCUUUGUUCCUCUGCGUGGCUCUGUUUUUCCAUCAUCCCUUCUUUUUCCGCCGGUGAUAUUUGUCCUCGUUUGGGAGGAGAAGGUGCCAUGCCGGGGGAGACGGCACACAGAGACGGCCCGUCUACUGGACUUCUGCACAACACACACACAGACACACACACGGGGUUGCCUGGACCAGACAAGACCAGAAAUGCCUCCAGCUCUUCAAGCUCCACCCCUACUGACAGCAGUUCCACGCCCACUGACAGUGGCUCCACCCCUUCCCCCAGCACAUCUCCACAGCUCACGUUGCCUCAGUACACACCCUUCGGACCCCGGCUGGUCAUGGCAAAACCCAACACCACUGCCCCCCGCCCGCAGCCUGAGGGGGCUAGCUUUGACUCCGACGGCCGACGUGGAACUGUGGGCCGGUUGACCGGCAAUUUUGGCAAAGGCCCCUGCCGACGCGGACCGGUCAAGAUGGAGAGAAUAAAAGUGCUGAUGGGGGCCGAGAUUGAGAGCGACUACCAGGAGCCAGAGAGCAUGGACAGUCGUGUGGUCAUGGGGCAGGAAACCCUGCUGAGGAACAUAGACAAGCAAGAAACACCUCUCUCAUCACAACUGACGGAGUCAGUGAAAGAGCUUACGAGUACGGAUGCCGCAUCCACCCCAGCCUCCACGGUUAUUUUUGACUGCCAGGUGAAGGAGGGCGAAGAGGCCAGUCUGGACACUGGUCAAGAGAAUGACGUCCAGGAUCACAGAGAAAGCGCGACUCCAACACCAGAGGAGGAGUGUGAGGCCACAGCACAGCUCCUGGAGUGCCCUGUCCUCGAGCCAAAGGAAUCCGAGAGUGUGGGGUCGACAGAUUCUAGUGGUAGUCCCUUACUAGAAGAGCAGGUGGAGGCUCUGUCUUUGUCUCUGUCUCAGGGUGAAGUGCCUUCCUUAUCCUUUUCUGAACCUUCCUAUGCAGUUGACCCGCAGCGAGUCGGCAUGCUCCCCGGCCUGGACCCUGACCGCUACUACACGGCUCCGUCCACACCUAUAAAGAUGGCCUAUUGCUCGCACCUGAAAAACCAGUGGCAGCCUGGGUCCCUCAGUUCAGGACCCGCGUCCCCCACAGACGAGUCCUCUGACCUGUGCUCCCCUCCUACGUCUCCCUCCGGGUCCUAUAUCACAGCCGAAGGGGGCAGCUGGACGUCCUCUUACACUUCCAGCACCUCCCACUCCUGCUCGCCAAAUUUGAUCGCGGAGGCCGAGCUGCAGGAGGCACCUGCCUGCUACGUGGGCUCGCUGUCAGAGAUCGGCGACGAAAUGGGAGAGGACCAUGCCAGCGCCAGCGUCUCAAAGGUAGAUGCCGGCAGCAAGCCUCCUGGGGCCCUGUUCUUUGGGUUGGAGGAAGACGAGGAAGGAGAAUGUCAAGCUCAGUGGAUGCCUGAAGAUGUCCCACCUCCACACAGAAGCUGCAAUGAAAGGAGCACAGACUCGCAAGGGGAGAAGGAACAGGAUUACCGUGAGGUUUCUGCAGUGCCUACAGAAAGCCAAAGGGCUGCUGAGAGGCCCCAGGUGCCCAGAGAAGAUGAUCAUGAUGACCCCGACGCAGAUCUGGAGUUUGAUCUGAAUGCAUGUGUCUCUGAACACUUUGCGAGGCAUGAUGCUCCCUUGAGCCCUGAGGAGGACUUUGGUCCGGCGAUGGUUUCCUCUCUCCCCUUUUUGCAGCAUUUGGCAAUGGGUGCCAUCCCCGUUUCUGCGGACACAGGUAGCAUGACUCCUGCUACUUGCUCAUCAGAGGUGUCUGACACAGAUAACAACAGCCUGUACGGUGAUAUGAACUCACCCUCUUUACACUACCAUGGAUCCUCCCAUGACGAUGGGCCGUGCGGAGAUGGAAUGAUCCUGGCCUCCAUGCUGCCUCCACAUGCCAGUCUGAUCUUCCAGGCUGACGCAAUGGAGAUCACUCUUUUCCCGACUGAAGAUGAGCCUGGGAACGAUGUUGAUGCUUACGCGGCUGGAGAAGAUGAGGGAGAUGUGGAUGAUGAUGAUGAGGAUGAUGGUGAGGAUGAAGAAGGUGAGGAAGAGGAAGGGGAAGAUGUGGUGGAGGUAGAGGAGGCCACAGGAGUGUCACCAGAGGAUGCGAAGGGAGUUGAGGAUCCUACUGAGGAGGACACGUCUGCAUCAUUCCUGAACUCACUCUCAGAGAAUUCCAUUAACGAGGGUGUGGAUGAAUCCUUCGCCUACCAAGAUGACACUGAGGAGUCAGUAGAUUCUGCCUCGUACAACGGAGAUGAGGAUGAACAGCUGUACAGCACAGAGAGACAUGCUGAACUUGCCCAGAGCUUCCCGGGACCAGACGACCCUGUGCAGGCUGUAGCUGCGGCCCAUGCACGCCCAGAAUCCUCUGGGAGUGAAAGCGACAUGGAGAUAUCCUCUGGGUCUUCGGAUCCCCCGCCUGCUAAGGAAAGUAAAACUCCAGUGGACAACAGUGUUGAGUCUCAGUGUCUGCCUGACGCCAAACAGUUGGAGACACACCCAGAAGAGAAUGAACACUCAACUGCCACCCCAUUGGAGAUGCAAUCACCUGUGGAAGAAACCAAACAAAAUGACUGCAAAGACAGUAGUUUGUCAGAUGAGCCCUCAACAGACAUGGGCGUCAAAAUAGCUGAGGACAGUGGUUUGCAACUUUCACAGACGGAUGAGUUGCAGUCAGCAAAAUUUGCCACAAUCGAUGAAAACCUACUUCCCACAGAACCAAUCCAGGAGUCUGCUGACAGCACCAGCAAGCUGGAUCCCUGCCUCUUGGGUGCUGCUGCAGCUGAUCUGGGAGAUGAGACUAAUUUCCAUACGGAUCUGGAGCUUGAUAAUCAAAACGGCAACAUUGAGCCAAUUGAAAUCCCCCUGGAUGAGACUGCCACAAAUGACCUCAACAAAGGGGUCCCUCUACUGGCCUAUCCCAAAGAUGACUGCAGUCCCAGCAAUAUCCCAGUGUGUGCCUACCCAGAGCUUUCUGACUUCCCUGACAAUCUGACACCUGCAGACAUCUCACCAUCCGAGCGUUUUCUUGACCAGGACAACCUUUCAGAGAAUCAGCCUGGUGCAGAUGACUUUAGUCUGGACCCACUCAACCUGUCGAGCUCACCUUACAGCAUUCUCACAAUUUCACCCAAGAAAGAGAACUCGGACAGCAACAUAUCCAAGGAGGAGCACCACCCAACAGCAUGGACUCCAGGGGCGGCGUUAUCACUGAAUGAGUGCUGUGAUUUUGAUGCGGAAAAUGUACUGAUGUGUGAAGUCACCAAUUCUUUGACUACCAAGACAAGUUGCGAUAGCACUGGAGAUGGAGACGACAACAUCAGUCUCUCUGAUCUGCCGGAGAAAAUGACAGAUGUUGAUGUUGGUGUUCUGGAGUCAAAUCUGGCUAGCUGGAAGUCCAUUGAGGACCUAUCAGAAGCAGGAGGUGGGGAAGGCGGAAGCUCUCAGUUUCCAGAGGAUGACAUCAACAACCUUCAAAAUCAGGACAGAAGCUCCCUUAGAACAUACCAAUCCAACAAAGACACAGAGGAUGCGGCAAGCUACACAGAACAGUCAGAUAUGCUGUUGUUAUCCAGUACAAAGCCUAAAUGUUUGGAAUUCAACAUUCUUUCAGAUGAUGUGUUGAAAGAGGAGACACACUCAGAAUUAAACAUUGCAGGGGAGGAAUAUGUUUCAAAGCUAUCUGCAGAAGAGGCAACAACCCUAAAUAUACCUGCAGAGGAGGCACUGUCAGACAAUGAUAAAGCAUCUGAAACUUCCUCUAUUCAGACUUUAUGCAUAGGUGGUGCUGGAGUAAACGAUGAAAAAGCAGACAAUUUACCCACAACUCCUCUACCAGCAUCCCCAGAUGUGCCUGAGGUAGAGAAGCCAGUUGACACCUCAGACUCAUCCAACAAUUUGAAUGUGUCCAUGGACCAAAAUGCUGACAUGACCAUACAUGGCCAGACAGAGAGUAAACCUAUUACACAAGAUAGGGACAUGGUCUUCUCAUUAACUGGAGGUUCGUUUGGCAACUUCAAGCCCAAAAAGAAGUCAAUUGACAGGAAGCCUGAAGCAUCUUCAUCAAAUAUCAUUGAUGCAGAGAGCAAGGGUGCAUCAACCAGCACCACCCAAAAGUCCCCAGCAGAAGAACAAACACGGGCUGUCAGCAAAUUGGAAGAUUCUAAGACUGUCAGUGCCAGAGACGAUGCCAAGGAACGCGUUGGAAGAGGAGCGGAUGUUGACAGACAAAUCGACACACCAAAGACUAUUGUGGCCUUUAGGGAACAGGAUGAAGAAGUGGGAGAUGUGCAAAUCUCAGGGAAGAGUUCUGAUGAGAAGAGGAAAGGAAGAAAAUCUCCUAAACAGGAAGCUAUAACAGAAACAGUUGCACAUGAUUUGGUCAAGUCUCAGACAGAGAGAACAGAGGUUAAACAAAAUCAUGUUGGCAAGCAACCUGGUUCCAAACAUGGCAAUGAGGAAAACAUAAAAGAUGAAGGGCGCUCUGAGAGUCAAACAGGUAGUCAACUUCAUCUCGAACAGGAGGUGACAGCUGUUCAGAAACCACAACCAAAUAAGGAGUCUCCUCAGGAGCUAAGUGUGGUGGACACAACUACGAGAGACAAUUGUGCACAACUACAUGACAACUGUGCUACAAAACAAACAAAUGCUAAUGCGGCCACCUCAGCUACAGAGGAGGAACCUGACAAUGGAAGAAGCAGAUUUACAACAUUGGAAAGCAGUAGGUCAGAGCAGACCAUUUCAGCUGCAGUUGUGAAAUCACGUCCAGACUCUUCCAGUCGGUUUGGACAUAUUGAAAAUGAAAGGCAACCCUUGCUUCAAAAGCAAAGUCCAGAAGCCUCCUCGAGUGAAGCACAGAUGCAGUCAUCAGAAAGGAGUGUCUUUACUAGUGACACAUUACAAGCAACCCCAGGAGUAGCAUGCCCAGUGGGAAACACACGAGAUAUUAAUGACAACCACAUUGAGGGUGCUCAAUCUUCUAAUGUGAGACCUCUCAAUUCAACUCCAUCUCUAGGUUCCCCAGCCCCUCCACAGUCCACACCCACAGCCUCCUCGUCAUCUCCCUGUAUCUCACAGGACGACCUAGAAGAAGAUCUGUAUACUGCUAUUCAAGAGUCCCAGCCAAAGAUCUGUAGCUCAAAAGCAAAAAAACAGUCUUUGGUUUCCCGUACCCCUCCAUCAGUGUCCUCUACCAGUGAGACCAUAUCUUUUCCAGUCCAGGAAAGCCUUAAAGAGGGGCAUGGGAAAGCAGAGCUGAUUACUCUACAGUCCACAAAAAGUCAUGGGAAAGAUGCAGUUAAAAACAGCAUCAUCUCCGCAGAAGGUACUGACGAUAUACCAAGUCAUACCACGGGAUACAAGAAAAAGACCUUCACGCCCAUACAGUCUACUUCGUCCAAUCAGAAGACUCAUCUACCAUCCAGUGCCACCCCUCAGUCUUCAGCACAUGUCACACAUCUGCCAGACAAAGAGAAAAACAGACAGACUGGUUGCACACUCAGUUACAAUGACAAGUAUUCAGACUCCAUGGAUGUGUCUUUCAGAAACAAUUUGGGUUCCUGUAAUGACUCGGACAGUGAUGCCUCAGUUCCAGGGCUGGAGGAGCCAGAUGGGGCUUUACUCAGACCAUCAGAUCCACAGUGUUCCUCUGCAUCUCCAGCUGAUGAGAAUCUGAACAAGGCGAAGCAGAGUCGCAGUGAAAAGAAAGCACGCAAGGCAAUGUCUAAGUUGGGCUUGAAACAAAUUCAUGGUGUAACCCGCAUCACCAUCAGGAAGUCCAAGAACAUCUUGUUUGUCAUCAGCAGACCAGAUGUCUUCAAAAGUCCUGCCUCUGAUAUCUACAUUGUCUUUGGAGAAGCUAAGAUUGAGGACCUGACACAGCAGGUCCAUAAGGCUGCUGCGGAGAAGUUUAAGGUGCCCCUGGAGCCAUCUCCUCUCAUCCCCGAUGUCCCACCCAGCCUCACCAUCAAAGAGGAGAGCGAGGAGGAAGAGGUGGAUGAAGCAGGACUGGAGCAGAGAGAUAUUGAGCUGGUGAUGGCUCAAGCUAACGUGUCCCGCGCUAAAGCUGUCCGUGCACUACGCCACAACAAGAACGACAUCGUCAACGCCAUUAUGGAGCUGACUAUGUGAGAGAGGAGGAGACCCUGCCUGAGCCUGCUGGCUACACUUUGGCCCAUAUCGCUGCUAUGUUGCACCCCUACUGACCCCAUUUCCUGCUAAAUAAAAUUAUAUAAACACUCAAAGGAGUAUUUGUAUGACAU